GCUGACUUGAACCUAAGAUAAUAUUUAACUUCUGUAACUGAAUACUGGCUUGUAUUUAUUAACUACAAGUAAACUGCAGCAACGCCUUACUGUAGCAACCAAGUUACCCAGUUAUCAGUUUGGCUGGGUGUUGUCGCAUAUUUACACAGCUCUGCAACUGGAAGUCUUUUGUUUUUCCCUCUGACCCUGAUGUUUCUACGGAGACCUCUCAUUUUGUGUAUCAGUCCUCGCUGAGUCUUUGUUUUCAGAAUAACUGGCAUUAAAACCUUCCCAGCUGAAUGCCCUCUAAUCUCCCAGGGCUGAUAGUUGUGCGAUGCCCUUGCGGUGGCUCCUCUCUAUUUUUAUAUCUGAAGGCCAGUUGUUAAGACACGCAGUCUCCACGGCAGAGAGGUCACAGGCCCUGGGUGAAAACGUGUGUUGCUGCUGCUACACUAUUUCUAAUCAGGCCUUUUCACAUGUUGAGUGCACUGGCCUUGUGUUCCUUAUUUAUCACUGUAGAAACUCUGAGGAUACUUUUCCAUAUGAAUCACAUUAUUAAAGCUUCUACUACACAAAUAUGCUGCAUUUUGAUUGUAUGCGUAUGUAUCUCGUACGUAGGAGUUGGUCAGAAAUGAUGUUGGGUCGUUUCCAAAAUGGAAAUAUGACUCAUAUUUUCAGGGCAUUGUUAAGCUGUCUUGGGGUUGCCUGAAGUUUACACUCACAGUUUACUUUAGAGAGCAAUCUGUCAGUGCUGCAGAUUGUGAUAAACUGGCCCAUGCACACACAGUCUACUAAUGGAACAUUUAUUAAUUUUAGAAUAGUGUUAGUGUUAUAUAAAAUCCCUUUGGGGGCUCAGAGAGUCUUGUGUUUAAUUUUAUUUUGAUGUGUGCCAGUGUCAUUCUUUAUAUAUAAGGGCAUGCUUUUUUAUAAUAAAGGUUGGUUUGGUGUGUAUGUGUGUAAGCAGAGGGAGGGGAGAGGGAUUUUCCCCAUAUUUAAUCCCCUAACCCCCCCCCACCCAUAGUGGUACCCAGGAUUGGGAUGACGGGUAAAGGCAUGUCGCAUCUCUGGGAUGCGUCCUUUGCGCGCACAACAGAUGGAGCCUCCUGCUGUUGAGUGUAGGGUUAAUACCGACGGAAGGGGGCGUGGUUUAGAUCAAUGAUGACCGCCUCACUGUAGUCAAUUUUUAAAAAAAAAAAAAAAAAAAAAAGACAACAAAAAUCAGAGUCCGAGAUCUCCAGUAGUACCUCCGCUGCCCACGCUGGACAGCUCCAGCUUCCCGGAGGAAGACGCAGCUGACCGUGCGCAGUAGCUCCCCGCCUCUUACACCGGAGGAAAUUAGUUGGCGACGCGCUGAUCAGAAGGAGGUGCGACCUGAAAUGACUGUUUGAUCGUCCCUUCGCCUGCCUCGCCUCCACCGCCACCACUAAAAAACCCCCGUGGAGGUUUGUCAGAGCGGGAGCGGAUGAAACAACCAGUUGAGAGAGAGAGAGGGGUCGAUGGAGAGAAGGUGAACGGAUGGGAUAAAGCAGCUGGAUUUAUAUCGGUGAAGUAAACUCGCGCAGGAGAGCACAGCCUGGCUGGUUCAUCAGGAUUGCGACUGCCUUACGUAACUGAGCUUUGUGGAGGGACUGGCAGAGAAACUGCUGGUGCCGAGCUGUUAAAUCACAGCGGGGAAACGCAGGUAAUCACAAGUUCGUCCACUCUUCUUCCACUCAGCAUGAUCGGUGAAGACGCUGUCCCCCAUCACCAGUGAGCACGUCAGGAUGAACGAGGGUUGCAGGCAGGGAGGAGGGACAAUCACUGUGGAGGCUGAUGUCAUCCUCCAUGCCGUGAACCCUGACCUUGUCACACCAUCUGACAAGGAUGGAAAUUUAUGUCAAGGUUACGUCCAAGGAUUUCUGCAGGACAAUCAGGAUUUCAGCCCCCCUCCAGCAUUCGAGAAGGAAUACCUGCUGGAUGGAAGACUGAUGGAGAAUAAUCACAUAGACCACCAGAAAGGCAACGGCUCGUACAUCUCGAGAGGUGAUCACCUCUCCAAUGAUAAGGGAGCUCCGGAUGUCCCUCGUCAUGCUGACACUGCUGUGUCCAAUCACAUUGCUGGCAUGCAACAAAACUGUGCAAGCAGUGAGAUCCACAAUGGCGCCAGAGCUAAAGUGUCUUACAGUGCAGAUUCCUCCGUGAGCUCGCCCAGCCAAGCCAAACAGGAAACGGAUUGGUCAGUCCCAAAAUCGAACCUCGAGUGCAGGGACAGCAGCCAGGAAGCUGAGAAUACUCAGUCUCAGAAAGAGCCUGAUUUAGUCAUCGAAGUCGGCGGGCAGACGAUUAGCGCUCACAAGGCUGUCCUGGCAGAGAAAAGUGACUACUUCAAAGCACGUCUGUCACGAGACAUCCUGAAAGUGAAGGGAGUGAGUUACAAGACUCUGUCUACUUUAAUAGACUAUGUUUACACUUCUAAGAUGAAUGUUUCCAAGGGCAACGUUGUAGAUGUCAUCACAGGGGCUAAAAUCCUCCAGAUCCCCUGCGCUGUCCAGGCGGCCAUGGACUCCAUGUCCGAACAGAUCACUCCAGAGAACUGCUACGAGAUCCUGACCAUCGCCAAGAAGCAGCGACUUAGCGAACUGAAGGAGACUGCCUAUGGAUUCAUGAGCGACAACUUCCUCCAGAUCCUAAAGGACCCCGCCGUGUACGGGCGACUGAAUGGGUCUGAGCGGGAUCUGAUCCUAAAGAAGAGAAUGGAGGGGAGGCAGACUCUGAUGGUGGCAGAGAUAAAUGAUGUGUUUGAUCGCGUUGGGAGCCGACCGCCGAGCCGCUGCGGCAGCCGACCACAGAGCCCGUUGUCGGUUGGGUCCUUGGAGGAGAGUCAUAUGAUUUGCUACUUUAACGAAACAGCAAAUGACUGGAGACCUUUAACUGCAAUGCCUGAGGACAUAAACACUAAAGGGUGCGGGAUCUGCACCAUGUAUAACUACCUGUUUGUGGCGGGGGGGAUAAAGGGCUACGGGGACAAGGGCAAGGUUUCAGACAAGGUCUUCUGUUACAACCCCAUAACCAACCGCUGGUCUGAGGUCAGACCUCUGACCCAAGCUCGUGCCCAGAUAAAGCUUGUGUCGAUGGAUGGCUACUUGUACGCCAUUGGAGGGGAAUGUUUGUUUACAGUGGAAAAAUAUGACCCUCGCAUGGAUCGCUGGACCACGGUCGCCCCUUUGCCCAAGGGAGCCUUUGCAGUGGCUCAUGAAGCCACAACCUGCGGCGGAGAACUUUAUGUUUCAGGAGGCUCACUCUUCUACCGCCUUCUGAAGUAUGACACCAAGAGGGACGAAUGGCAGGAGUGCCCCUACAACAACAGCAGGAAGAAGUCAACUGACAUGGUGGCUUUCAAAAGCUUCAUUUACCGCUUUGACGUCAACCGCGAGCAGGGGAUCACCGUCUUUAAGUACAACAGCAUAGUGAAAAUGUGGCACGAUUGCGCAUCACAGAGGCUUGGAAGUCACUUACCCUUCAGGUGCGCCGUGAUCGGGAACUGCAUCUACUGUGUGAACAAAAGCCAGACUCUUCAGUUUGUGGUGGAGGAGGAGAACGCCUACUUUGUCGAGGAAGCGCUGAGGGCGCCUCUGGAGGCGAAAGGCGUUCUUUUUCCUUUUGUUCUCACUUUGCCUGAAAAGCCUGAAAAAGUUACAUAGUGUGUGUGUGCUUGUGUGCGUGUGUGUGUGGUCCAGAAUAACACAAUGUGUCAUAGCGAAACUGGAAUAAGCAGAAGACCUUGUGCACACUCUUCAAUGUCAGCUUUCUAUCUCAGUGUCUCAUUGCCUGCUUUCAAUGGAAUGUGUGUAUUUUGCAUGGCGAUUUAACGUGUCUGCAGGGUCAAGCCUUAAAAGGAAAACUUUUUUUUUUUUAGAGUUGAAUGAAUGCAACAAUAUUUGUAUCUGACUGUAGAUAAGGACAUGCUGACAGUGACUGUAGGUUAUUUUGUGUAUUUCCUGUGUUCAGUUUGGUUUGGUGCACUUUUGUAUUUACAGUAGAUAUUAUUUAGAACAUAGCUGACAGGUGACUUUGGUAACAAAAACAAGUGUUUUGUUGAAAGUUGUACAAAAAAAAAGAGUGGAAGCAGUCGUAGUGCGCUUUAUGGAUGAUGCAACACAGGUUCUAUGCAAAUGAGACAAUAUACAGAUGGGUCUGCUGUAAUACUAUGUAAUAGUUACUAUAAUGGGAACUGACUUGGAAGGAAUACAGUAUUUUUCAAACAAGGGCUGCAACUAAUGAGUAUUUUCAUAAUUUGUUGGUCAACAAAAUGUCAGAUAAUAAUGAAAAAUUGCUCUAAUAACUAUCCACACUCCAAGAAGACACAUUUAAAGGUAUGCUGUGCAGGAUGUUCCUUAAAAAUAACAAUGUGUGAGCUAAAGUAAUCACUCUCAGUCAUCACUUAGGACCCAUUUUAAGUGUGUGGUGGUGUAUUAAUCUACAGAAACUCUGCUCUCUGCCUGUGUUUUCUUAUUCCUUAUUAUUUUGCUGUGCUUGGGACAUUCUUAGGCACAGUGCUCAAGUGAAGUUGGGACUAAAUAAACCAGGUGUCAGACUGUAAGAGGAAGCUAUUAAAGUCACUCUCACUUUUGCUGGCCAUACUGUUGACAAAUGGUAGCCAACAAUGGGGGGGCUGGAGCCUAUCCCAGCCGACACUGGGCUGGAGGCGUGGUACACCCUGGACAGGUCGCCAGACUAUCACAGGGCUGACACAUAGAAACAGACAA